CACACAAAAAGGAAAGGAAAUUUUUAGUGCAGCCGGCAGCCCUGCAGCGGGCCUACUGCCGCUGAAGCUAGCCAGACAGCUCACGUUUCUCUGAAGACUUGGAGCAAGGCCCGCUGAAGCACAGAGAAUACACCUCCAGGUUUCUCCAGCAUGAAGAGUUCUAUCAACCUAUGAAAACAAAAGCCAGGAAGCCUCAUUGAGAGCAAGAUUCAGGCUCAGCCGCAACCAAACUUUUUUGUUUCCUCUCUCUAAUUCUCAGAAAUGCAGUUCACUUAUCUCCUCUACAAACUAACUUCCAACCCAACUGGUUACAAACAAGCUAUCAGGAUGCACAAGUGUGAAGUCAAAAAUAUCGCUUCUAGCAGCAACCUACACGGGAUUUCCCAAAAUCACAAAAUCAGACCAUGGAAACUCCAGGCUUCCUUCCUCAUAAUCGAAGGUGUUCCCACCAAUCCACACAUCAAGUAACUUCCCCAAUAAAAUUCUAAGAAGCAGAGUGACUGCAACCAUGGUUUUGGGAAUGCAAUUGUGUUUGAAGAAAACAAUUUCUAAUUUGAAUUACUAACCUCCCUUCCCUCUCAUUCUUUUUUUUUUUUUUAACAGAUUCUUUGCAGCUUUUUGUCUUUGUUUUGUUCUUUCUGGACGGUCAUCCCUACUGUCCUUGAAGAUGACCAACAGUUCUACCCUCUGUCCAGUUUACAGAGACCUGGAGCCAUUCACAUAUUUCUUUUAUUUAGUUUUCCUCGUUGGAAUUAUUGGAAGUUGUUUUGCAACCUGGGCUUUCAUACAGAAAAACACUAAUCACAGGUGUGUGAGCAUAUACUUAAUUAAUUUGCUUACAGCUGAUUUCCUGCUCACUCUGGCAUUACCGGUGAAAAUCACUGUUGACUUGGGCGUCGCACCCUGGAAGCUGAGAAUAUUCCACUGCCAAGUGACAGCCUGCCUCAUCUACAUUAAUAUGUACUUAUCAAUAAUCUUCUUAGCAUUCGUUAGCAUUGAUCGCUGUCUUCAGUUGACAUACAGCUGCAAGAUUUAUCGAAUACAAGAACCUGGGUUUGCUAAAAUGAUAUCAGCUGUUGUGUGGCUAAUGGUCCUUCUUAUAAUGGUGCCAAACAUGAUCAUUCCCAUCAAAGACAUCAAGGAAAAGCCUAACGUGGGCUGUAUGGAAUUCAAAAAGGAGUUUGGAAGAAACUGGCAUUUGCUGACAAAUUUCAUAAGUGUAGCAAUAUUCCUCAAUUUCUCAGCCAUCAUCUUAAUAUCUAACUGCCUUGUAAUUCGACAACUCUACAGAAACAAAGAUAAUGAGAACUAUCCAAACGUGAAGAGAGCUCUCGUCAGUAUACUUCUGGUGACUACAGGCUACAUCAUCUGUUUUGUUCCUUAUCACGCUGUCCGAAUCCCAUACACUCUCAGCCAGACAGAGGUCAUAUCUGACUGUUCCACCAGGAUUUCACUUUUCAAAGCAAAAGAGGCCACACUGCUCCUGGCUGUGUCCAACCUGUGUUUCGAUCCAAUCCUGUACUAUCAUCUCUCAAAGGCUUUCCGAUUAAAGAUCACUGAGACGUUUGCUUCCCAUAAGGAGUCCAAGGCUCAAAAAGAAAAAUCAAGGCCUGAAAACAAUGCAUAAAAUACGGGAUUUUUUUCAUGCUAUAAUUUCUUGCCUCACUAGACAAUUAAGUGUACAAACUCCUGGGAAGGAGGGGAAAAAGAGCCUCCGUAAGUAAAAAUACAGGCAGAAGGCAAAUGCGGCUUGGUUUACUGACAAACUGUUUCUGAACACAAGUCCAACUGUACUCUUGCGGUUGUUGAUGCUCCUUAACACAAAUGUUUGUACAAAAAAACAAAAAGCUAUAAAGUCUUCUUGAACCAAUAUAAA